AUGAUCUUCGAACCGCUGUCACGAGUGCCAUUGCCCACCACCGACGUUAUCUCCUAUAUCUUCUCCGAUCCGCCAUAUGACCCUAAUCAACCAAUCUACAACGAUGCGAGCGACCCCUCGCGGUCGAUUUCCUACAAUCAAGCUCGGGUCAUCAUCCGGAAGUUGAUUGCCGGGUUGCACGCAUGGGGUGUGCAGAAAGGCGACUGCGUAGCCAUCCAUUCCUUCAAUGAUAUCUACUAUUCCAUGUUGGUCCUGGCGAUCAACGGCGCCGGCGGUAUCUACACCGGCACCAACCCCUCCUACACCCCCAUGGAACUGGGACACCACAUCCGAGCCUCGCAGGCCAAGUUCAUCAUUUCCGAGCCGGAAAUCAUCGCCCCAAUACAGGCCGCCAUGAAGGAGACGGGUCUCCCCGAAUCGAAUCUGCUGGUGUUCGACGUCCAGGGUCAGACUGUACCCGCCGGGCUGAAGUCAUGGCAGGGACUGUUCUCCGCUGGAGAGGAGGAUUGGAUGCGCUUUGAUGAUCUGAAAACGUGCGAAGAGACCGCCGCCGCCAGGCUGUUUAGCAGUGGCACCACGGGUCUGCCCAAGGCAACGACGCUGACGCAUCGCAAUUUCAUCGCCCAGCACGAACUGGUCUUUGAGAUAGAGAAGCGACCGUAUCAGAUCCGCCGCCUCAUGGCCCUACCCAUGUUUCACGCCGCCGCUGCCCCUUCCACCCACUGGAGUCCUCUCAAGGGUGGCCAUGCCUUAUACGUAAUGCGUCGCUUUGACCUCAUGGGUUUCGUCCAGAAUGUCGAGAAGUUUCAAAUCACGGACCUGCAGAUGGUCCCGCCCAUCGCAGUCGCCCUUGUCAUGACUCCGCAGGUCCAGGCACACCCGUACCUCAAAAGCGUCCGCAUAGCUCUGUGCGGCGCUGCACCGUUGAGCAAGGACUUACAGGAGAAGCUCCGCGUCAUGCUGGCCAAGGAUGCGCCCUGCACACAGGUGUGGGGCAUGACGGAGACAUGCUGUGUCGCGACGAAGUUUGGAGCGUACGAGCAGGAUGAUACGGGCAGUGUGGGGAGAUUGCUACCUAAUAUAGAGGCCAAGCUCGUAGAUGACGAGGGAAAGAAUAUCUCAGCGUACGGGGUUCGAGGCGAAAUGUGUGUCCGAGGACCCACCGUUACACCGGGAUACUUUAACAAUGCCGCUGCGAAUGCUUCCUCCUUCGAUGAGGACGGUUGGUAUCACACCGGGGACAUUGCAUACUGCGACAAAGAUACUCUGAAGUGGUACAUCGUGGACCGCAAGAAAGAGUUGAUCAAGGUCCGCGGGUUCCAGGUCGCUCCGCCUGAGCUCGAGGCCGUUCUUCUCUCGCAUCCGCUCAUCGUCGAUGCUGCUGUCAUUGGCUUGUCCGGCGUGCUUCCCGAUAGUGAGCUUCCGCGGGCUUAUGUGACUCGGCGUCCGGGAGCGGGCGACAAGCUAACAGAACAGGAGGUGCAAGAAUACCUCGGUCAGAGACUGGCGAAGUAUAAAGCACUGACCGGGGGUGUGAAGUUUAUGGAUGCGAUUCCGAAGAACGCCAGUGGAAAGAUCCUGAAGAGGGUCUUGAGGGAGGAGGCCCAGAAGGAGGUUGAGGCGGGCUUCCGGCCGAAGCUGUAA